AUAAGUUAGUACACGAAAUCAUGAAGGUAAAAUUAGAAUGGGAGAUGGGUGGUGGGAGGGGUCUACCAGUUAAAACAGUAAGUAAAGCACAUAGAUAUACUUGGACGCAUGAAACAUCGAUGGGACAAACUGUAGAAACAUUUACAUUACGCAUGAUUAAUGCAUGGCAAAACCUAACCAAAAUACAUAAAGCACACGGUAUAUGAUCACUACUUAUUGGGAAGCCUUGUAAGACACGAUCCCUCUUCAACUCAGUUGUUGUUGAUGAUGAUAUGGUUUUAUAGCUUCUCAUGGUGCCUUCUUAUUCUGAAACGCAAUAAAACUCAUGAUAAGAAAGCUUUCUUCCUUUCUGGGCGGGAAAUCUAAACUGGAAAAUUCCCCCAAUAAUAAGAUUUUUAUUUCUUUUAUUUUAUUUUAUUUUUUUUGUUCUUCCCCCAUGGAAUUAAACAAUAUCCAAAAGUUUCAUCCCACCAAAAAGUAAAAGCAAUGUUUGAUUAGCGUAGUACGUUUGUGCUUUGAUAGUAUAUAUAAACUGAAAUUUCAAGACAAAACAGAAUAAAAGAAGGAAGCUCCUGGGUUUUUUAUUUAUUUUUUUUUGGGGGGGGGGGGGUUUAAUAUUCAUCUCUCUCUCUUUGUUGAAUUGCCGCUGUCAAAAAGAUACGGAAAGUGAAGCAAAGAAAAGAGAGAAAGGCAGGAAAAGGGGUGUUUGGUUUGUUUAAUUUGUUGGGCUUGUUCUUUGACAAAAAAAAAAAAGAAAUUCUACAUUUUUGGUAUAUGGGAAUUAUAAUCCAACCUGCAACCUUGACUCUUUGAUUCAUUCACCACCAGCUUCAAGCAAGAGAACCUGCAUUUCUUCCUCCUUCUUUGCCUCGCUUCAUUAGGUAUGUUUCAAUGGUGAUUUUGAUCCUUCCCAACUUUCAGCAAUUCUUAAACUCUGUAUUAGUAGUUUAAUAUUUUCUUUGAGCUUUUUUUUUUAAUUUCUUUUUUUCUUUUUAAUUGUUUGGAGGGUUCUUUCAUCAAGUUCUUGGGAUUGGAUUUGGAUUCUUCCCUUCGCUGACAAUCCAGCUUUCACCUGAAUUGGACAAUAAUUUAUUAAUUUUUUUUCUGUUUUACAAUUGCUUGCAUUCAUUGGUUUUUCCAUUUCACUUCUAAAAUUCUUGAGCAAGAAAAACUGCCCAAGUUUUCUUGUAAAAUUUUCAAGGUACGUAAAGUCAGAUUGCUUGCUUAUAUUCUCAUCAAAUUUCUCUUCUCUUCUUCCUUUUGAAAUCUUUCUUCAUAAUUUCACCAACCCUUUUUGUGAUUUCUGUUCUGCAACUUAUUUAAUUCAUUCCAACUGCAUUAGUACAUGAAGAAAUUUAUUGCUUUUUUAGUUUUUUUUUUUUAAUGGCCUAGGGGGUUUACUCUAUAACAUAGGAUAUAGAUCAGAAGAAUUAAUAGUCAAAUGUCAGUGAAUAAAAGAAUGGUUGGGAAUGAUGAUGAUGGUGAUGCUGCCAUUAAUAGGUUGCCUAUAAGCUUCAUUCCUGGGAAUUAGGCUUGAUCGAUUCGGGCAAUUUGGACAAUGGGAGACAUUAUUAUUAGACAGGCUUUUACUUUUUCGUGGAAUCUUUUGUUGUUGAAGCAAAAAUUUCAACACAUCACGUGCUGGGCACAAGGAUUCAUGGUUUGUCCAUUUCUGUGCGAAAAAUCGGUUCAUCUCAGCACUUGGCGACAAAUGUUUUCGCUGAGUUUAGUUUCUUUUUUUUCUGGGUUGGAAAAAAGAUAAUUUUUUUCUUGUUAGAACAAAGACAGAAAUGCAAAAUCCUCAUUCAUGAUGGAUGAUUUUGUGAAGUCAGUAAACUACGUAAAUGGUCUGCCACAUAAAUAAGAGAAGAUAUCAGAAGUUGAUGUGAUAUUGUGAUUUGGAGAGAUUUCACAAAUUUUUUUUAACAUAUAUAGUGGUUCACAUUAAGAUCAAUUUUCAAGGUGGAGGUUCUUCCAUGCAAUUUUUGCCCAAAAGAAAAAAAUCACUGUCAGUAAAAUAAAAUUUGCAAUUUUUUUUGCAAUAUAUAGUUAAAAGGGAUUUCAGUUGCUAGUUGCUCAGCUUUGAAGAGAUUCUGCAUUGGUUCCCCCUGGUUGACGUGCAAAGUUGAUUUGCUUUUGCAGAAGAAGUUGAUAUUGAUGGAAUAGAUUCAAGAUUGCUUUUUUAGUAAGCCUUUCUCCAUAUUCAAGCUUGUUCGAUUUCUGGAAAUGUCAAACGCUUCACCAAAUUUAAAAGCUGAUAUGGAGGGGACAACAAAUACCAGCUUUAGGGAAAGAUAUGCCAAGCUGAUAGAAGGGUCUUCUUGGUUGAGUCAAUUCUGCCAUGGGUCCAACCCAUGGAUGGCUAGAUAUGUUUAUGGUUUAAUCUUCCUCGUCAUGAAUUUGCUUGCUUGGGCUGUUCGUGAUUAUGGCCAAGAUAUACUCACCGAAAUGAAAAGAUUGAAAGAAUGCAAGGGAGGCAAAGAGUGCCUGGGAGCUGAAGGAGUGCUGAGAGUGAGCUUAGGAUGCUUUCUGUUCUACUUCAUAAUGUUUCUGUCUACUGCUGGAACUUCCAAGUUACACGAACGAAGAGAACUCUGGCAUUCGGGUUGGUGGUCUGCUAAGAUCAUCAUGAUGCUAGUGCUAAUUCUCCUGCCUUUCCUGCUUCCUCCGCAAAUCAUCGAAUUUUAUGGGGAGGUAGCACAUUUUGGUGCCGGGGUAUUUUUACUAAUCCAGCUGGUCAGUAUAAUCAGUUUUAUCACUUGGCUGAAUGACUGUUGCCAAUCUGAGAAAUAUGCUGAUAGAUGUCGAAUCCACCUGAUGUUACUUGCAACAGCAGCAUAUGUGAUAUGCAUACUAGGGAUCAUUUUGAUGUACAUCUGGUAUACCCCAGAAUCAUCUUGCUUACUCAACAUUUUCUUCAUCACCUGGACAAUUGUACUUCUCCAACUCAUGACUAGUGUCUCUCUCCAUCCCAAAGUGAAUGCUGGCUUUUUGACUCCGGGUUUUAUGGGAUUGUACGUGGUCUUUCUCUGCUGGUCUGCAAUAAGAAGUGAACCGCCAGAGGAAAAAUGUAUAAGAAAAGCACAAUCUGCAGCACAUGGAGACUGGCUAACCAUUAUUAGCUUCGUAGUAGCGGUCAUCGCGAUUGUAAUUGCAACAUUUUCAACUGGCAUUGAUUCAAAAUGUUUUCAGUUUAAAAAGGACGAGUCGGAGAAGGAAGAUGAUGUUCCAUAUGGCUAUCCAUUCUUCCACUUUGUAUUUGCAACUGGAGCCAUGUACUUUGCAAUGCUCUUAAUUGGUUGGAAUUCUCAUCAUUCCAUGAAGAAGUGGACGAUUGAUGUGGGCUGGACCAGCACUUGGGUUAGGAUAGUGAAUGAAUGGCUAGCUGCCGCUGUUUACAGCCAGACGAAAAAGAUGACUAAACUACACAAGCCAUUCACACUGAUAGCCAAAAGGGAAUUUUUAGAGUUUAAUUUUAAAAGUGAUCCUAUACGUGUAUAUAUCCCAGAGAAGGGACAUUUUUAG